AUGGAUGAUACUCCUUUAAACUGUACUGGGGAUGACGUGUGGGAUUAUAGCAAUUUCUCGAGCCCACCGUCUGACUUGUUUUACAGUCACACCGAUGCCGUGAUUAUCUCCAUCGUCAACCCUUGCAUCCUUGCAUUUGGUCUCUUCGGUAACAUUGCCUUUCUGUUUGUCAUGGCCAGUGUCCCUAGAAUGUGGACAGUCACCAACAUGUACCUCGUCAACAUGGCGGUUGCUGAUAUAAUGUUCUUGACCGUCGCUGUGUCGGUUAAACUUGCCCAUUACAACGCUAGCCCAGUCAGUGCCGAUAAAUCGACACUUGGUCACACUGGUUCCGUCGUCACCUUCGUGUUGCUGGACCUCAGUUAUUUCGCCUCGGUGUUUCUGGUCACUCUGGUCUCGUUCGAGAAAUUCUACGCCGUGUGCCGCCCCGUCCAGCACCGGUUGAUGGGUGGUAAGAAACGCACUGCAAAGUUCGUUGUCGGGGCGUGGCUCCUCGCCCUUGCGUUCUCCUUGAUUUUACUCCCAGCAUGGGUAGUGUACAUGGAUAUAUGCAUUGUGUGGCCGGAACAAAAGGAGUAUAAAACUUUACCCGGAGUUAUCGGAGUUAUUGACUCGAUUAACGACUGGUAUGCGGACUUCCACAACUUGGUCCAGACGAUCCCGUUCCUGCUUGCGUUGAUUAUUAAUCUAGUCAUCUACAUUAAGAUCAUCCUCCGAUUGGGCAACCGGGUGGGCACCGUUGGGGUUGAACCGAACGCUCGCAACGCUCGACGGCAGAAGGUUCGCAAUCAGGUCGCCUUCAUGUUGGUUGUCAACGGUGUUGUGUUCUUCGUGUGCCUGGCACCAUUUCAGGUAACAUCUUUCGCCCUGACUAUGUCCGGCUUUAGUGGCUCCUACAACUUAACUUCUGAGCAGAUCAACACAGUUCUAUGGGUUGGUCGGAUCUUCACGUAUGUUAACUCAGUGUUGAACCCUUUGAUAUACAGUGCGACUAACCCAAGGUACAGACAAGCUUACAUUGAAGCUUUCACCUGCUCAAGAUAUCGGCAAGGCAAAACGGAUAGCAGCAAUGACGUAACAUUAACAGCCACCUUUCAGCAGUAA